UAUACUGCUUUAACCUCUUAUAUCGUCAGGAAGAGCGUCCAAUGAUCAUGGCUCUUAGACCAAUGCUAAGAAUUGCGCUUUGGUUGAUGCUAUUGAUGUCAUUAUGUGUCGUGGCAAGUAGUUAUCCCGCAGAAGAAAAAUCGUCUGUGCAAUCUCUUAAGUCAAGCCCCAACAGACUGAGGACUAAGAAUGUCAGGUUUACUAAAGAGAAGACCUUCAGCAGGUUUACAGCCCAUAGAAGGAAGGGACAGCCUGGCAAAGACUAUCCUAUUUUCAAUCACAUUCCAGCUACUAGGUUUGUUUGUGGAGAAAUUCCAGGGAGAUAUGCUGAUCCAGAAACAGGUUGUCAAGUUUGGCAUCUAUGUCCUGGAGGGUAUAAUCACUUUCGACAUAGUUUUCUGUGUCCAAAUGGUACAAUAUUUAACGAACGCCGUGGAAUCUGUGACUGGUGGUAUAACGUCAGCUGCGAGUUGGUCCUCCGACGUUGAAACUCCAAAAUCUCUCAAAAGAUGGCGACAGCUUCUUAGUAUCACACAAUUCACAAAAAUAGAUUUUUCUAUUCAAUUGAUUUUCCCACUAACCAAGAUAAAUCGUCUAAAUAUAGGGAUUAGAACCAUUUCAUUCUCUAUUUAGAUUCACACUUAUAGUAGAAUGAAUUAGAUGGAAGCUGUGAAAACCAAAGGAUAAGAAUUUUUCAUGAAAAGAGUAUAAUCAAGAUUUGAUUUGUACAUAUAUAUUCAAUUAUCAUCCAAGUAAUUUGUUCA